AUGCAGGCAUGCUGCAUACACGCUCACAGCACGACCUUCGUUCACCAGGUGGCCACGAAGGUUUACCUAGCUCCUGACACGCCGAUCUCACAGUGCUUGCCUUACAGCAUCAAGCAUCAGCACCUCUUCUCCGGCAACGUUCCUCAGCCGGCAGAUUGGCUGCGAGCGUGGCGGGCGUGCCGGACAGCAUAUUCUUUCAAAGGUGCCGUGAAAUUCUAUUCCACGGAAGACUUCGCUGCUGGCAGGAACACGAAGCUUGACAGUGUGAGUCUCAAGAACAUGAUUCGUGUUAUGCACUGGGCUGUCAAGAGUGUUCGCAAGCAGCGUCUCGAACAAGCCACCAGCAUCAGCUUGUCCGUGGACGACCGCAAGGAGUAUCGUUUGGUGAGGUACCGUUGCGAUGUUCCACCGCGCACUGCCAAGCAGUCAGCGGCUCCAGGCCCCCAAGGUCCCCAAGGCUCCCAAGGCUCCCAAGGCUCGGAGGAUGGCCCGCUUGUCGCCGAUGGCUUGCUUGGGGUCUACAAGACAGGUGCCAGUGUUCCUGAAAACAAAUUGGAGGAGCACGAUGCGGACAAGAGUCAGGUGAUGGCAGACAGCAUAGGCAUAGUCAUUGACAGGGCCUGUCAGGAUCCGGAAGGCAAAACUGACGAGGAGUCCUGCAGCCGCUUGAAGCUGCACGUGCGGCACUUUGCAGCCGAUCAGUGCACAUCUGCCCUGAAGUGUGGAAGGUUGUUGGUCACUGGCGGCCAGUAUCCUAACCUGGUCUGGGUAAGCCAUGAUCCUGCGCACCAGGUUCGUAUUGCCUACCAGGACCCUCUUCACUCCAUGCCCGAGUUCCAAGACCAGUGGGAGCGUUUGUUUGCUCCCGGCAAGGGCAAGCAUGCGCUUAUCCCGGACAUCCAGAACUCAGAAGUCUGGAAGUCCAGGCUCAUGGCGGCCCAGCAAGAGGUUCUCAGGCUCCAUGGCUCCCAGGCUGGUGUGGAGAAGGUGAUCCGAGCGUUGUCGUUCUCCCAACCUCGGUUUGACUCGUCGUCCACACCAAUGCUGAAGUACUUGUGCAUGAUUCGUGCGAUGGCGGUCUUAUGUGCUAUGCAGGUUCCCAGUUCCGUGGCCGGCUCCGAGGCUCCAGGCUCCCAGGCUCCCAGGAGGUGUGCAACCCAGUUAGUUUACGAGGAGAUCCAGACACCAGAGCCGAUCUUCUAUGGCAACAGAGUCCACUACCUGUGCACGAAGGCCGGCAUUUCUGAUGUAAGGCAGAUCAUGGGAACGAUGGCGCACGUGGUCGAGGCGAUGCUGGAGCGUUUGCGAGUAGAUCUGACGGAGGAUGAGAUCGCCGUGGCUCUGCAGGUAUUCAACCUUCGGCUGUGGCAGGAGACGAACCGACAACAGGAGCUAGUGGACUCUACACGCAAGCUCUGUGAUAUGCUCAAGCUUUCGCCCGGUACAGCCGUGCUGUUUGGACGAUUUGCUCGCAAAUUGCAUCCUCUUCUAGAAGAGCGGGGCGAGAACCAUCCUCGACGCCUGACAACGGCGCAGCUGGUCCUGCAGUCGACAGAGAUCCAGAAUGGAGAGGCUUCGGUGCCGCCAGCUCUGGCGAUGAUCCCCGCAGAGGCCAUGCUGGAUCCACGUCUGGGUGUCCCUGAAAAGGCUAUGGUGGAGCCUUCUCCGGAUGCACCUGCACAGGCGAUGGUGGUGCCUUCCACGAAUGUCCAUGCACAGGCCUGUUGUGCCUCCUUCGGCGAAUGUCAGUGCACAGGCGAUGGUGGCUCCGCCUUCGACGGAUCUCGCCGCAGAGGAGACCGGUGGGCCGCCGGGCACUGGCAGUGGCACCAGCGCUCCGAGGGGACCACAUGGACCGCCGGCACCGACACCUGCGUUCCAACUGGCCUCCAGGGCGAUCACGGCAUCCUCUCCUCCGACGACCUCGACUUCCUCUGGCCCUUGCCGCCGGGCCCCAGCCUAGAGGAUAGGGAGAAGCUCACCUUCGACGUGAGAAUGGCGGCCUGGAAGGCUGGAUUCAAAUAUGGAAGGGCCAUCCAGCAGAAGCACCUCGACAAGGCUCAGGCUUCGACUUGUCGCUCCACUCCAUACGACUCUGACUCUGACGCAGGGCUGCUGAAGAUGACUGCAGGAGAGUGGAACGCCCUGGCCAUGGUCCUCGAUCAGACGUUCGAUUUGGGGCUUGGGAAAGAUGAAGCAGUGAGGCGAUACGGGGUCGGCCAAGCAGUGAGGGUAUUCGGGCAUCGUGCAAUUCUCCCGGACUACCCUUCGAGGAGCAGGUUGGCGAUUGAAGCCCGUGGCCGUGUGCCCGAGAGGAAGCACAACCCUGUGCCCAAGGCCAAGCAGAAGCCGGAGGUGGUAAGGGCAGCCGGCAGUGAGGUCUCAGGCGAUCGUGGCACUUCUCGCCCGGAGUCAAAGGCUCCCAAGGCUCCCAGGCUCCCAGGCUUGGAGCUGUGA